AUGGCAGCGGCCAGAUCCACCACCGCCAGCGACUGGUGGUUCGAGAUCUGGGGUGGCGAGGUCGAAGACAGAUGGGAAGCCGCCGCGCGAGCCAUGAGCGGGGCGGCCAAGGAGACGAUGACGGGCGCCAAGGAGCCACCUCCACAUCCUCCACCUCCACCUCCACCGACUGGACAAGCUGCGACCAAAAGCACCAACGAGAUCUGCAUCAACUGCUCCCUCUCAGUCAGCGUCAAGAUCAAUGAUGAGCUCAAAAACGGUCUUAUUAAGGGGUUAGCUGCUGAUCUUAUUGAGGAUGGGGUGGGCAUCCUACAGUACGCUAACGACACGGUGCUUUGUUUUGAACAUGAUAUCAACAAAGCCAUCAAUGUCAAACUCUUGCUCUAUCUUUUUGAACUCAUGUCAGGUUUAAAAAUCAAUUUUGAGAAAAGUGAGGUCUUUAAUAUCAGAGGAGAUAAUGAUAUUGAUUUAGUUCACGCUGAUAUGUUUGGUUGCCAAGUGGGCACCUUACCUAUGAAGUACCUUGGGGUCCCAGUAACAUACUCCGCUCUCAAGAAUGCGGAUUUAGAUUUCCUUGAUGGUAAAAUGAUUAAAAAGCUUGAUGCCUGGGUGGCCUAUGCGGCCUGUUUCGGGGCUAGACUCACUUUAUUGGGUUCCAGUCUUGAUGGGAUUCCAUCUUAUCUCAUGUCGAUGUUUCUUUUCAAUAAAACCUUUAUUGAAAAGAUGGAUAAACAUCAUAGACGAUUCUUUUGGAGGAGGAAGAACAAGAAACAUGGGUAUCAUAUGGUUAAAUGGGAAAGAGUUUGUCGAUCUAGGAAAACAGGGGGGUUGGGUAUUAAGGAUCUUCAUAAACAGAAUGUUGCCCUACUCGUUAAAUGGUGGUGGAAACUCGAAACAAGCGAUGGGUUAUGGCAGCGUAUAGUUAGAGCUAGAUACUUUAAUAACAAGACAGUAGCCAAUAUACGAGGUCGUUUCUCUGAUUCCCCUUGCUGGAAAGCUAUCAUGAAAGUCAAGGACUCAUAUAUGGCUGGUAGGAAAAUCAUCAUCAAUAGUGGUAACCUGACUAGGGUCUGGCAUGAUCCUUGGGUAGAGAAUAUCAUUUUGAAAGAUCGGUUCCCUGAUCUGUUCAGUAUUUGCCAUGAUCAGGAGAGUACUCUGGCAUCCUGGGUAACGAGUAACUAUGAUCUAGACUUCAGACACAGAUUGACAGGUGUGUUGGGAGAGCAGUGGGCUUGGAUGGUCAUGGAGGCUAAAAAGCUAUCGCUGAGUAAUUCUUCAGAUACUAUUUCCUGGGCAUUUAGUAGUAGAGGGAAAUUUACGACUAAAACGAUGUAUGAAUGGCUGGAAAGAAACUUGGCUAGCCCUAAUUAUAAUUGGGUUUGGAAAUCCCCUGUUCCAUUGAAGAUUAAAAUCUUCUUAUGGCAGUUAUUUCAGAAUGAUGUGCUUACGCGAGACAAUAUGCGCAAUAGGAAUUGGGAGGGGUUACUUAAAGCUGAAGACAAGACGAAAUUCCAAGCUGGCGUGAAGAGAAUUUUGCAAAUGAAUCGGCCGCUCCCUCCCCUCGCCGCUUCCUCCUCGCCGUCGCCUGUGGCCUUCGCCGGGCAAAGCCCGUGCGGAGACGGCGGCGACGGGGCUUGUUCUUCCGGCGGCUGGCUAGUGCGCGAGCAAGGGGACUCGCCGCAGCAGGCGUCCGUGGUGCCGGCCGGUGUGGCUGCAGAAGGUUCAUGGGGGCAGAUCUGGCCGGCCUCGGCUGGAUCCGGCGCGGCGGCGGCUGGGCGCAUCGCCCCAUGGGGAUGGCUGGCGGUCGCGGGGUUGACUGCGGCUUGCUCGCCGGCGAUGGAGCGCUGGGGCGGCGGCCCCAGGACGUGGCGGUGUCGACGUGCCCCUCCCCCACGGAGGUCGUCCGGCGGCAGCCCGCGAGGUGGCGGAUCUGAGGCCCUCGCGCCCGGAUCUGAUGGUGAGGCGGGUCGUCGGCCUGUGGCGGCGGUCCAGCAGAGGCGCGCCUGCUCUGGUCUACGGGGGUGGUGGGGAGGUGCGUGGGGUCAGGAUAGCGGUGGUGCUGCCCUGCGUGCUAGGCGGCCGCGGGUGGCCUCGGCGGCAGCUGGCGGGGGGCUCCAUGGUGAUGUGCGGCUGUGCGGCUGGCCCAGAUCCACGGCGCUGCUGUGGAGGGAGGAGGGCUGCAAUGUUGGCCGGUGGAGACCAAACAUGAAGCAGAGCAGCCUCGUGUGCGCGGCCAUCGUUCUGCUCGUCGCGUUCGGAUGGCUCGCAGCUGCUGGAGAGUGCAAUCUUUCCCUGAAGUUUAGUGGCUAUAGGGAUUGCAAGACCAAAGGUGAGGCCUGGAGUACCCACUGCGUCUGCUGCCUGGUGAUGUCGGGUGUUCCGUGCUGGCAUUCAUUCAAGGAGUGCCAGGCAAAUUGCGGCUCCUUUACCCCCAAGUGCUAG